UCUGGAAUGGCCUGCCCUCCUUUCUCCUUCAUCGGAGUAGAUGAGGGUUCCCUGUCCCUUCCUUAAAUAGAGGACAGGAGGCUGUCUUUUCAUCUGGCCAUCAAAUAUGGCUUCUCUACUUUUAACAAGUGAGAACUGAGGGCACAAGAGUCAAACCUCUGUCUUAAUGUGAAGAAACGAUGACCCUUCCUGGCCCACCUCAGGACAGACUAAUUCCAGACACGGAUAGAAGAAACCAGACGGGCACCUAUGGAUUUCUUCUCAUGGGCCUCUCUGAGCACCCAGAGCAGCAGCCUCUCCUGUUCGGGCUCUUCCUGGGCAUGUACCUGGUCACCGUCUGGGGGAACCUGCUCAUCAUCCUGGCCAUUGGCUCUGACGUGCACCUCCACACCCCCAUGUACCUCUUCCUGGCCAACCUGUCCUUCUCUGACAUUGGUUUAAUCUCUACGGUCAUUCCCAAGAUGCUCAAUAAUAUUGGCUCAGGAAGUAAAUGGAUUUCUUAUGGCGGGUGCCUGACACAACUCUAUUUCUUUGGCCUCUUUGCAGAUCUGGACAACUUUCUCCUGGCUGUGAUGGCAUUGGAUCGCUACGUGGCCAUCAGCCAACCUCUCCAUUAUGCCAUUAUCAUGAACUCCCAACGCUGCGUCUUGUUGGUGGCUGGGUCAUGGGUGGUCACUACCUUCCAUGCCCUAGUGCACACCCUCCUGGUGACCAGGCUUUCCUUCUGUGGCCCCAAUGUCAUCCCCCACUUCUUCUGUGAUCUGGUCCCACUCCUAAAGCUGGCCUGCUCCAGCACUUAUGUCAAUGACCUGGUGCUCAUCCUUGUGGCAGGAACAUUGUUGAUUGGACCCUUCAUCUGCAUCCUUACAUCUUACUUUUACAUUGCGUUGGCUAUCCUAAGAAUCGAUUCCCCAAAGGGUAAGCAAAAGGCCUUCUCCAACUGCACCUCGCACCUCUCUGUGGUCUCUCUGUUUUACACCACAGCUAUUGGGGUCUAUUUAUGUCCUCCAUCAUCCCCUUCAGGUGGAAAGGACCGAGUCUUCUCAGUAAUGUACACGGUGGUGACCCCUAUGUUGAACCCCUUCAUCUAUAGCCUGAGAAACAGGGAUAUAAAGGGGGCACUGGGGAAAAUACUCAGAAGAAACACGCUUAACACUCUUUCUUGGGACAGAAAGGUCCAAAUCUCCAACACUCGGAGUUGAGGGUUGAAAAAUGGUCUCCUAAGAGCCUAACCACUAUAGUGCCCCUGAACCUGAGACUUCUCUUUCCUUCAUAUUUACAUUUCAGGGAAGGGACCACUGACACCAGUAACCACUAAUCAUCCCUGUGAAGUGUCCAUGCUCUGAGCAGUUUGCUACUCACUUCCAAAAAGGUUCUUGCUUAUUUUUACUAGAUGCCUACCUUUAGUCCACAGGUAGGGGGAUUGUGGAAAUGAAGUGAAAAUGAACAUGAAAGUGAAACUCUUAUUUCACUGAAGUCACAAAGGAACUAUGGAAGAUAUCUCUAGUCCAAGAAUACAGGAGUGAUUGUAAUUAGUAGAAUGAAAUACAAAGGAAAUAAUCUGAUACUUUAUCUUAAACAAGCAGUGAUCGAUGGAAGAAUAAGGAUGGGGCUAUAAGUUCUGGGUUCCAAUUCUGGCUUUGAAAUUAUAUAUUGUGUGACAGCUGGAUAAUCACUUAACAUUUCUUUUUUUUUUUUAGAUUAAAUUGACAUGAAUCAGCCAGAGAUUUACAUGUGUUCCCCAUCCCGAUCCCCCCUCCUGCCUCCCUCCCCAUCCCAUCCCUCUGGGUCUUCCCAGUGCACCAGCCCCAAGCACUAGUCUCAUGCAUCCAACCUGGGCUGGUGAUUUGUUUCACCCUUGAUAGUAUACUUGUUUCAAUGCUAUUCUCUCAGAACAUUCCACCCUCGCCUUCUCCCACAGAGUCCCAAAGUCUGUUCUGUACAUCUGUGUCUCUUUUUCUGUUUUGCAUAUAGGGUUAUCGUUACCAUCUUUUUAAAUUCCAUAUAUAUGUGUUAGUAUGCUGUGUUGGUCUUUAUCUUUCUGGCUUACUUCACUCUGUAUAAUGGGCUCCAGUUUCAUCCAUCUCAUUAAAACUGAGUCAAAUGAAUUCUUUUUAAUGACUGAGUAAUAUUCCAUUGUGUAUAUAUACCACAGCUUUCUUAUCCAUUCGUCUGCCAAUGGACAUCUAGGUUGCUUCCAUGUCCUGGCUAUUAUAAACAGUGCUGCGAUGAACACUGGGGUGCACAUGUCUCUUUCCGAUCUGGUUUCCUCAGUGUGUAUUCCCAGGAGUGGGAUCAUUUAACAUUUCUGAGCCUUGGUUUCCCUAUUUGUAAAAUAAAGUGAUUACAUUAUAUGAGUUGAAGCCCCUGCAUACACGUUCCCCAGUUCUAAUAAUGUUUAGUGUUGUAGUAACAAGAACCCAAGACAACGUCAGAAGUUACAAGUCAGAACCAAAGCCACCACUUCACACUGUGUAACUUUAGGAACAUUCUUUCUCUGAGUUCUGCUUUCAGGUGUAUAGCAAAGUGAUUCAGUUUUACUUAUAUACUUUUCUGAUGCUUUCCCAUUAUAGGUUAUUACAAAACAUUGGAUAUAGUUCCCCGUACUAUACAGUAAACUUCUAUUAGUUAUUUUAUGCAUAGUAGUUUGUAUGUUAAUCCCAUAGUCCUAAUUUAUCCCUCCCCUUCUCACUUUGCCCAUUGGUAACCAUCAGUUUGUUUUCUAUGUCUGUGAGUCUGUUUCUGUUUUGUAUAAAGAUUCGUUUGUAUUACUUUUUAGAUUCCACAUAUAAACGACAUCAUAAAAUAGUUUUCUGUGCCUCUACCAAAGUGCUACUCCUCUCUUCCCCAUAAGGGUAAAAAUUAUUCUUUGACUUUUUAUGUCAAUUACUUCCCUUCCUUGCUUUCUGUUCAAUUUUUCCAUAUACAUAUGUGUGCUUAAACAUUAUAGUUUGGUUUUGCCCAUUUUUAUUUUUUUUAAUUCUUCCAGUGCUAUUGAUGUAUAAUUGACAUAUAAUGUUUGUGGAAGUUUAAGGUAUAGAACUUGAUGAUUUGAUAAACAUCCAUGGUGAAAUCAUGACUACAAUAAAGGUCAGUUAAUGCAUCCAUCACCUCACAUAGUUAUGUUCUAUGUGUGUGGGUAUGGGUGUUAGGAACAUUUAGCAUCUACACUGUUAACAACUUUUAAAGUAUAUGACACAGAAUUGUUAACUACAGUCACCAUACUGUUCAUUAUAUACCCAGAACUUAUUCGUCUUAUAAAUGGAAAUGUAUAGCAUCUUCCCAAACUCUCCCCAUUUUACCCACACCCUGGACAUCACAUAUCUACUCUUUGUUUCUAUGAGCUUGGUGUUUUUAGAUUUCACACAUAAGUGAGAUCAUACAGUAUUUAUCUUUUUCUGUCUGACUUAUUUCAUUUACCAUCAUGCCCUCCAAGUCCAUCCAUGUUGUCACAAAUAGCAGAAUUUUCUUCUUUUGUAUAACUGAGCAAUAUUCCACUGCUUAUAUACACCACAUUUUCUCUAUCAACAGUCAUUUAGGUUUUUUCAUAUUUUGACUAUUGUGGAUAAUGUUGCAAUGAACAUGAGUGUAAUUAAUGUAGCUACUUAAAGGACUGAAUGAUAUAAAAACAUUUGAACACUUUAAACAGAAUGCUUGGCACAUAGUAAACUCUCAACAUAUAUAACCUGUUAUUAUUGCUAACAAUAUGCAUUCAGUUAUGUCUGUGUCUAUGUGAGUUUCAGAUUUUUGAGAGCUGACAAAUAUGAGAGUUGACAAGAAAUGUUCUGUUUCAUGUUCUAAGGAAACUAAUGAUUUAUGUUUCCAGAAUGAACAGAGAGUGUAAGUAAAAGAGAAAAUGUUUAUUCGAGCUGGACAUUGAGAAUAAUUAGGGUUGUAAUUCAGGUCAAGAAGGAAAACCUGAGAAAUUUUCAUAAUUAAAGCAUAACUCCUGCAAAUCAAUAAUAAAAGCACAGCAACCACAUAGGAAAAAGGGGGCAACAAUAUAGUUGGAAAUUUUUUUAAAAAGAAGAAACUAAAAUGGUUGAAAAAUAUUUUUUAAAUUCCUCCAGUAAUACUUCCAUCUAGCAUUUCCAUUUCUUGAAAAAAUAUGUACACAAAAUGUCUGUAAAAGAAUAUCCAUGCAGCUUUGCUUUUGUAAUAACCAUUCCUUCCCCCCAAAAAAGUAGAUAGGUAAGUGGCAUGAUUAGGGAAAUGUGCAUUACUAAUGGUACGUCUAAUAAUCUAUUAAAUGCUUUAAAAAAUAAUGAGGUAGAUCCCAUGGUGAUAUAGGAGGUCCAUGAUAUAUCUGAGAGAAACAAAGAAAGCUCCAGAACAAAUGAUUCCAUUUUUGUAAAAUCAAAAUUCUAUACACACACACACACACACACACGUAUAUAAAUAUGCAU